AUGCUGCUCGGGGCUCCCUGGCCGUGCGCGUCCCGGGCGGCCGCUGCGCAGAGCGAGGGCGACGACGAGGAGCCGGGCGGGCGGCGGGGCGGGGCGGCGGUCGCGGCCGCCGGCGCGGACGAGGACAUGGACGAGUCGUCGCUGCUGGACCUGCUGGAGUGCUCGGUGUGCCUGGAGCGCCUGGACACCACCGCCAAGGUGCUGCCGUGCCAGCACACCUUCUGCCGCCGCUGCCUGGAGAGCAUCGUGUGCUCGCGCCGCGAGCUGCGCUGCCCCGAGUGCCGCAUCCUGGUCGGCUGCGGCGUGGACGAGCUGCCCGCCAACAUCCUGCUCGUGCGCUUGCUGGACGGCAUCCGACAGCGGCCUCGCGCCGGCGCCAGCCCGGGCGGCAGCCCGCCCGCGCGCCCCGGCCCCAGCCCGGGGGGAGCCUCCGCGCUCGCGGGCGGCGCCGGUAGUGCGGCGGGCAGCGCCCCCGGCUCCCCGGUGUUCCUCCCCUCCGCCGCGGGCAGCGCCGCCGCCAGCCUGCGGGAGCUGACGACCAGCAGGAGCUCCACGGCGGCAAAGAAUCUCUCGCAGCUUCCCUAUGGCAAAGCCCUCUACAGCUAUGAGGGGAAGGAGCCUGGUGACCUCAAGUUCAGCAAGGGUGAUGUGAUCAUCCUGCGGCGCAGGGUGGACGACCACUGGUUCCACGGGGAAUUGCAUGGCGUGCACGGCUUUCUGCCUGCCAGCUACGUACAGUGCAUGAGGCCCUUGCCACAGGCCCCGCCCCAGGGCAAAGCACUUUAUGAUUUCGAGAUGAAGGACAGAGACCAGGACAAGGACUGCCUGACCUUCACCAAGGAUGAAAUUCUGACUGUGAUCAGAAGGGUGGAUGACAACUGGGCAGAAGGCAUGUUGGGGGACAAGAUCGGGAUUUUCCCCCUUCUCUACGUGGAGCUCAACGACUCCGCCAAGCAGCUUAUUGAGAUGGACAAGCCGUGCCCAGCUGCUGUGUCCGACUGCCAUGCCUCCUUGCCCUCUGACCCUGGCGCUGCAGCCAGUGUGGCCCUGAAUCCCACUUUAAGCAGCACAGGGGCAAUCAGUGCCUUUCAGCGGCGUGUGGAUGGCAAGAAGAAUGCCAAGAAACGCCACUCCUUCACUGCGCUCAGUGUAACGCACAAAUCCUCACAGGCUGCCAGCCACAGGCAUUCCAUGGAAAUUAGUGCUCCGGUUUUGAUCAGCUCCAGUGACCCCCGGGCCGCAGCCAGAAUUGGGGACCUGGCUCAUCUGUCAUGCAGUGCUCCCGCCCAGGACUCCUUCUCCUCAGCCGGACCCGCCCCUGCAGCCGAACAGCAGAGCACCACAGCUCCCAAAGUCCAGCUGCCUCUCAACGUGUACCUGGCACUCUAUGCCUACAAGCCCCAGAAGAAUGAUGAGCUGGAGCUGCGCAAGGGAGAAAUGUACCGAGUCCUUGAGAAAUGUCAGGAUGGCUGGUUCAAGGGCAUGUCCCUGAGGACUGGGCUCUCUGGGGUGUUCCCAGGAAACUACGUGACGCCAGUCUCCAGGGUUCCUGUAGGAGUGGCUGGACCACCCCGAAAUAAUGGAGGGUCUCCGUUGGCCAAAGGGAUGGUCACAACCAUCCACCCAAGUGGUGGAAGUCUGAGCAGCCCAGCCACAGCCACGAGGUCUGCACUGCCCCUCACCACUUUCCAGGCCCAGGCCCAGCACCAGGCUGCCUCUCCCCCAAUGAGCACAUGUCUGCUGCACUCACCCCAGCUGGUCACCAGCCAGGUCCGGAGCACCAUCCCCACAGCUGCUCACACCUCAACUCAGGCUCAGGACCGGCCAACUGCCACAGUGUCACCCCUGCAUACCCAGAACUCCCCAUCCCGCCUGCCUACUGCCAGCCUCAGGCCCCACUCUGUGGUAUCCCCACAGCACAUCCACCAGCCCCUGAUGCAGACAGCUGUUGGGGCCCAGUGCCCCAGACCAGCCAUCCCACUGACGUCUGCAGCAUCAGCCAUCACCCCUCCCAAUGUCAGUGCUGCCAACCUCAAUGGGGAGGUUGGAGGAGGACCCAUCAGCAGCCUGUUGACAUCCAAUCCCACCAACACAGGAUGCAAGCCAGACGAGAAGAAAAAUGAAAAGAAAGAGAAGAAGAGCGGGCUACUAAAACUGCUAGCUGGGGCAUCUGCCAAAAAGAAGUCUCGCUCUCCUCCAUCCAUUUCUCCAACCCAUGACACCCAGAUGGCAGUGGAUGCCUCUCUCCAGGGUGCAGUGGGACCUGAAGUGUCCUCACUCUCCAUCCAUGGCAGGGCAGGGUCCUGCCCCAUAGAGAGCGAGAUGCAGGGCGCAAUGGGGCUGGAGCCCCUACACAGAAAGGCUGGCUCCCUGGAUCUUAACUUCUCAUCCACUUCCAGGCAAGCACCUCUAUCGAUGGCUGCCAUCUGCCCUGAACCCAAACCACUGCCCAGGGAGAGAUAUCGUGUGGUGGUUUCAUACCCACCCCAGAGCGAGGCAGAGAUCGAGCUGAAGGAAGGUGACAUCGUAUUCGUGCACAAGAAGCGCGAGGAUGGCUGGUACAAGGGAACCCUGCAGCGGACUGGCCGCACUGGCCUCUUCCCGGGCAGCUUCGUGGAGAGCUUCUGAGGUUGAGCUCACCAUAGCCACUCUCCGGGACAAAGACCUCCCCAGGAAGCCCCAAGGCACAGGAACAGGGCCGAAGGCCAGUGAGGGUCCCAGACCCUCAGGUCACACCCCAGGUCACAUCCUCCCAAGGCACCUGGAGGGGGACAUCCCAGAUGGUGUGGGGGCCCAGGUAGACAGGGCCGGCCUUCACCACAACUCCCAGCAGAGAGCAUACCCUGGGAUUGUUUCUCAAUGAAAUGCCUCCCUCUGUGUAAACUGUAAAGAGAAACCUUUGGAAAGAGAACAGGCUGGCGUCAGUUGGUUUCUACUUUGUCUCUACAGCAGCUGCCUCAUUGGCCAUCUGAAGCUUCGGGAGUUCAGAAGCGUUUUGGGGUUGGGUAGGGAAAGGGACCUAAAGCGUUUGAAGGUCUCUGGUGGCUGCCCUGGGCUCCGUUGGGGUCCAUGUUGCUCUGUCACCUCUCUAUAUACCUCAGUCACCCACCACCUGGCCACUUAGCAAGAAUGUCUGUGGCCCGGGGUUCCAAAGUCUGGAAAGCCCCUUGGGAACUACAGCAGACCCCAUUCAGCCUUGUCUUCUGCGGGUAUUAUAAGCAACACAUUUUAUUCCACCAGCACUGUCCCUCUGCAUUGUUUCUUUCUUACAUCUUUGUAAUGUAAUACUGUUAGACUAUAUAUUUCUAAUAGGUCAUACAUUGCCUAUUUUUCAUACAUCUGGUGCUGCCUUUUUGCAAAAAUGGUAAUGACUUGCUUGAGCUUGAAAAAAAAUUCCCAGGUGACAUCAAAUGGGCAGAAUAUUUAUGUUUGCCAUGUGAAUUUUGGAGAGCUCUGAACAGCACGCCUUUCCAACAUCAGUGUUGGUUGCUGCCUCAUGGGAUGAAGAGGGUUCAUUUAUGUGGUUGGAGGGCAGAUUUGGAAAAAGCCAGUUUCUUUAUACCAUUACCAAAGUCCCUUGCUCUGUCUGGGCAAUGAUAAUUAUUAUUCAGGAACUGGAGACAUUUUGAAGAAAGGUCACUAAAACUGCCUGUUGUGUCACUAAAACUGCAGUAAAAAUGAACAUGAGUAUGGACUGCAGCCCAAGAAGGCAGAGUUUUUCAUUAAGUGCUGUAGAGAGAAUAACCCUAUGGAGAAAAUGUUAUUUCUACCUAUGGAAAUAUGAAGUUUUUAUCACAAUUCAGAUUUACCACCUUAUUAAAAAUAAAUAAAGAACUGCUCCCCCUGCAGACAACACAAGCCCUGGUCUAGAGACAAGAGGAAUCACGAGAGUAGGGGUUGCAGGUGUGGCUGCUGACUGACAGGAUAAGGGCAGCCUGACAGGGAGAGAGAGGAAGGGGGUUUUGAUGCUGGGACUGUUGCAAGGUGGAGUCACAGAAACCUAUUCCUGAGUCCUGCUCUUCACUCCCUGCAAACAUCUUGUCAUGAGGUGGUCUUAUUCUCAGGAGUCACCCCUUAGGAAAACCUCCUUAUCAACUCAAAGCCAUAAUUCAUCCAGCCUCUCUGUAUUUUUACAGAGACCACUCUGGUUUAAGUUAGGCUAAAUAAAUUCUCCUUUGGUAACAUAGGAUCUCCCUGGUUUUUAAGAAUGCAGCAAAACCCAGAAACAUAUUUCUCUUGCCUAGAGUCAUGCUUUCCAUAGUUAUUUUCAGAGUUUCUAUUCUGGGAUGGGACUUGACUGUUGCUGCCAGGUGGCUAUCACACUGGUGAGCUGUUGCCUAGAGAAAGGCUCUUUUCAUCUUUACAAAUAAUAGAGUUAACAUUCUUGAGAAAUUUGUUCUGAAUCAAUUUUUUUAAAAUACAACUUAAACUUGGGAACCUUGUGUACUAUGUCAACAAUAACCAGGAGGUAUCCAUUUGCUAUUUGUUGCCAAAUUAGGUGUCUACCCUGAACAUAAAAUCCCAUGAAUGUUUAAAAUCAUGUUAUCACCAAAAAUAAUAGAUUAACACAUUUCAUGAGAUUUAUGUUUCUCAUGAAGUGAAACCAGAAUUAAUUCAAAUUCCCAGAUAAUAGGGAAUGUCUUUUUUUUUUUUUAAUUAAGGAAGUUACUAAGCAACGGAAUAGACUAACUGGGACAUUCUUUCCUCUCCCGGCACCACCUAAGGCGCUCCUGGUGGGUAGGAAUUGCUGGUUAGUCUAGUGACUGUGGAGAAGGCAGCAUCAGAACUGACACCCCCCACCACCACCCUUCAAGCAGAGAAGUAGGGCAGGCAUCCAGUUGUUUGUGCCAGACCUCAGUGCCCCAGUGGCAAUAGCACAUUCUUGGAAAGGCAAGAUGCCAGUGCUCCAUCUCAGGCCAGGUUCCAAGAGAGCAGGGAAGUGCUGAUUGGCCCCUGUGAUUUAUUUGGUCUGAGUGUUUUCAAACCCAGUCAGUGAGACCUAGCAGCCUUCAUCACCAGUUAACUGGAAGGCAAGAGCAGGAGCAGAAUUAGACCCUUUCUUCUGGCUGUCUUGCCUCAAAAGACAAACUUGCUUUGGCUAUCAAGAUGGAAUAUCUUAUUGGAAAUGCUCACCUUCCAUUCAGACCCAGUGACUUACAAGUAUUUGUUGUGUAGUAGAAUUUGGUGGCCAGUGUGACUUUGAGGAGUGUGGUGAGGUCAACAGACACAUCUGAGUGAGGCCAGUGAACACCAUGGUGACAGGGAUCUCAGGACCACCACAGGGCUGCAGGCAUGGCAGGGGGAGUGAGUGGAGGACUUGCCAACAGUGCAAGCACCAGACUCCUGUACCCCAAAAAAGCUCAGCUGACUGGUUGAGAAGUUGUUACUUUGCACAGUUCACACACACACACACACAUUCACACACACCAAUGUUUUUGUUGUACACAAAUGUCAGCGUGUGAUUUUGGAGGAAUUGACAGUGAUGACAAACUAUGAUGCCUGUUUUUGAAUCUAAAUAAAAAUGAACAGAGGGCUCGUGUCUGGAGAGGCCUUAUGUCUGGAUGGGGGGAGCAUCAAGGCUGGGGCCCAAGCCAAGAAUGAGAAGGCAGAUGUCACUCUUACAUCACUGCUAGUUAGCCCAGCUCACUCACCCACCAUCUCAGUGUGUGUUGAGGGGGUUCUGGGAUUUCAUCAGGGUGUUGGGUUUAUGAGGGGACUGGGGAUGUCAUCCAGCCCCCCAAGCAAACACCAGGCAGUGAGAAUAGAGACACAGGCUGAGGGAUCUCUAGCUCUCUCCAGGGUCUCCUUUGCCUGGAAGAGAAGGGUGACUUACUACAGAGGACUCCUUUCUUGUGAGAACAUUCCAUGUCAGUAAUUAUCCAUGUCCCUGUCAGCCAGGAGUGUCUGGUGCUGAUGUCCCAGAUCAGCAUACUCAAGGCUGUCUCUCCAGCCCUCAGGGUGCAGGCACCAGCGGGACCUGUUCUCUGGAACAUGUGGAGGAGGAGAUUCACGGAUUCACACUCCCACCCCCCACCAACCUGAAACAAGUAGGCUCCUUGAACUAAGCUGUAACUUAGCUGAGAUGCAUACCCACAUUCUUAGAUGAUCAUGUAUAUACUUCAGUUGGAAGGAAGAUUAGCAAAAACUGUUUCAGUCUUCUGCAAAAAUUAAAAUGAACUUGUAUAGGAUUAAAUAACACAACAUGGGUGGUGGCUGGGGAGGACCGUGAGGUCCCUGCUUCCCCCAGUCUGAGUGAAAAGUGCCCUUAUUCUCAUUAAAUGAACAGUCCAGGUUCAGUGAAUCACCCCAGGUCACAUGCUCAGUGGAAUACCAGGACUCAAACUCAAGUCUCCAACUAUGAAAACUGGUGCUACAUCUGUGUCCCUCUAUAGUAAAAGUAAUAUGUCAGGCAUGAGAGUGUGGAAGAGGCAGGCUAGGGAGGUAUUGUGCCAGCAAUCACAGGGCAGGUUCACUAUUAAUUCGGGCAGAUGGACAAGGGAGAAUCUCAGAGCUCUCAAUGGAGUUUUCAGGCUUUAAUGUCCUCUCAGGGAGCCAGGUACACUAUGUAGGGUGUCUGGCAUGCAAGGAGGUAGGCACGGGUCGGGCUGGGGGUCUGGGAGGCAGGCAGGCAACCUGCCUCACAAAUCUUCACACUUUGCCUCUGGCCUUUCUCUAGCAUUCUCUUGUGGUCUUGCCUCUUCUGUGGUCACGCACCCUCUGGUAGCUGCCCUUAUAUCACUGGCCUCUACGCCCUUAUAUCACUGGCCUCUACAUGGAUAACGAAAUGUAGGCAAUUGUGCUACUUGAUUUGAUCACAUGCAUCUGUUUCUAAUCCUUGAACAUAGGCUGUUUGCAUACAAGUCUUCUAAGCAGUAAACCUCUCAAGGGAGUGGAACAUGAGCUACUAUUUCCCUUUCACAUUUACACAUGGUCUUAACUAUCAUUAAUUGAGCAUUAAGUACUGUACACUAUGAUCUCAAAUCAUUUUAUCAGCAUCCUACACUUGAGUACUCUUGUCAUUGCCAUUUUGUCAAUGGAAAAGUGAGGCUUAAGCAGGUGAGUUAACUUGUGGUGAGUCAACCACAAUCAGCCGAGCUAAGAUUCAGACCCUUCUACCACCUCUGGCAUAUCAGCUCCACAAAUACAUAUUGCAUCAAUAGCCUCUCAAUUCCAAGAGCAGGGUUCUGUUUCAAGAACCAUCACUAUGUGAUUUCUGAUGGACAUUUUCAUGGUUAACAAUUGCCAGGAAAAUUGUAUGAACAGGAAAUCUGCAUACACAUCGUCCCAAUAUACAAUGAUUUGACUUCUGAUUUUUAUAAUGGUACAAAUGUGGUACGUAUUCCAUAGAAAUUGUACUUCAAAUUUUGAAUUUUGAUGUUUUCUGGGCUGGCAAUAUUUGGUAUAAUUUUCUCUUGUGGUGUUGGGCAGCAGCAGCAGCAAAAUGAGUUCCCAGCCAGCCACACAAUCACAGGGGGAACAACCAAUAGGUGUAUGGGGUGUGGAUGCCAAUGCUUUUUGUAUGAGUCUCUGACUUACGAUGAUUUCUCUUAACAAUGUUUCAACUUACAAUUGAUUUAUUUGGAUCUAACCCCAUCAUAAAUCAAGGAAGAUCUGAAUAUUGACUCAAAAUUUCCCACUGAACUUUGCUGGAAUUUACAAAAUGCUUUUUCACAGAAGGUGCUUUUGGUUCCAGUGCAAAUGUAUUUCUGUUCCAUUCACUCAAACUUAUAUUUCCUGAAUCACUGACUGUAGUGGCAGGAAGGCACAGGAAGGCACAUAAUCCCAUGCAGAUGGGUAAAGGAGAGAGUCCUGGAGCCCUCAGUGGUUUUUCAGGCUUUAAUUGCCAUUGUACCAGGUACA